AUUGACAGAAUAAUCUGCAAUAACAGAAUGUACGACAGAAAAAGAAAAAAACGUCGGCUGGACAAUUUCGACACUGACAGCAAGAUUGCCUUAAUCGAAGCGGUGCACGAAAAACGUUUACUGUGGGAUGUGGAGGAUAAAAGGCAUUUCGAUGGAGUUUUUGUAAAACAAGCAUGGCAAGGCGUAGCAGACUCGCUCAACAAAAACGUGAAUGCAUGCAAAAUGGCUUGGAAGUCAAUCCGUGAUAGUUAUAGAUAUCACUGCAAAAGCUCGGAAAAGAAGCAGGCACAGAGUGCUAGGGCCGAAGGAGCGCAAUCGGAGCAGCCAAAAGUGUACUGGCAUUUGGCCCCAUAUUUGUCAUUUCUUCCAGAUCUCAAUUCGAAAAGACGUACGUUCAAUAGUGCUUUUGAAGUCGAGGAGUCGACAAGUCAAGAUAAAACUUUGGAUCCAUUUGAGUCUCAAGCAACUGAGGCUGUUCAAGAAUAUUUAUCAUUUUCAAAUCUAUUUGAUGUUGACGAUAGUCAACUCGAUGCGGAUGCCAGCAUUUCUAAUCAUGAGUCAACGCAUUCUAUUCAGGAGGAGAAUCCCAAGAAAAUUAGAAAGGUAGAAAAGUCUGCAGAAGUCGCACAGGAAGUGAUAAUCAGCAAACCCUCUGAGUGCCUUGAUCCUUUGGAAACUUCUUUGUCUACUCCAGUUCGUUCGGUCGUACUAUACUGGGAAAGCAUUUUGAACAAAAUGGACCCGAAAGUAGCUGAAGCCGCUGAGCGCGCUGUGACAAAAUUGCUUUGGAAAUAUGCCAAAGCUAAAUUCAAUGACAAAAAUGAUACUAUAGCGGAUGCCACAGAAGAACACGAUGCUACUAAUUUUAAGGCAAAUGAAGUGGACUUGGCUACAAUUUUCGAGUGUGAAACUGACAAUUUAAGAACACAUUGCUUACCAAAAUCACGCAACCACAACCUGAAGGAGGACACACAUACCUUGAUUCAGCUCCAGAAAGAUCUAUUGCAACGUAAAGAACAGCGAGCACAGGAAAUGCACGACCAGAAUAUGCUUAGAGAGAAGGCAAAACUGGAUCUGGAAGUUCAGGAAGGAAAACUUCGAGUCAAGAUAAUAGAAUUGGAAAUCCUGGAGAAACGGGCUAAACUGGAUAUGAUAUAUAAUCAAUAAGUACUAUAGCAAGUUGAAAUCAUUUUGUAAAUAGUUUUACUUGGAAGGAAACAAAUGAUGUUUAUAAUUAAAUACAAGAAUUAUAGAGCUCCUAUGGCAGCUGUACGUACUAUUAAGUAUACUUAAACUUAGGCUCUAAAAAUUCUUUUGAGUUUUAUAAUUUAAUUGUCAUGCAUUGCUAAAAAUAUUCGUAACACUUAAAGAUACAUAUGUUAAUUUUAUCUAUAAACUUU